GGUUUUUCUCCUCACCGAAGAGAGAGGAGGAUCGGUGUCCAAAAACCACCGCGACCGACAGAGAGAAGGCCGACCGGGAAUCACAAAUUAACAAUAAUAAUAAUAAUAAUAAUAAUAAUAAUAACGGAUACAUCACGGGAAAUAAACCGGGUGGGGGGGGGGGAACAGGAAGAGGAAAUUAAACAUCUGAACAGCCAGAGGUUUUUCCCCGCAGCAGGCCGGCGGUGUGUCUGACAGAAAUGGGGUUGUGGUUCACCUGAUAGGAACCGAGCAGCGGACCUGAGGGAGGACAGCCACCGCGCGCAGACAUGGCCCACGUAGGCAACGGAGCGACCGCCGAGGAGGAGGACUGCUUUGAAGACGCCUUCGACCGAAUACCUGCGGCGUGUCAGAUGGACCUGCAGACAGCCAUCCAGGAGACUCAGUGUGCUCUCAAUCUGGUCCUCAACGACAAGUUCUCUGAAGCCCUGGACCUCCUCAAACCUUGGUGGAGGGACAGUAUGUACCAUGCGUUGGGUUACAGCAGCAUCCUGGUGAUGCAGGCGACCAUGACCUUCGACCACAGAGACAUCCAGGCUGCCAUGGCAACCAUCAAGGAGGCGUUAAACACCUGUCAGAGGUUCAGGAAGAGGAACUCGGUGGUCGGAUCUCUGUCCAAUCUGAUCAGCAAGCAGUCCAACCUGCAGGAAGAGGAGAUGCACGCAGAGAUCUGCUAUGCUGAGUGUCUUCUGCAGAAAGCCACGCUGACGUUUGUACAGGAUGAGAACAUGAUCAGUUUUAUCAAAGGAGGCAUCAAGAUUCGAACGAGCUACCAAAUCUACAAGGAUUGUCAGAAUGUGCUGAGUGUCACUCAGGACCUGGCCAGCCAGUCUGAUGCGUUCAAACAGUUUGAGGGCGGAGUCAAGCUGGGCAUCGGAUCCUUUAACCUGAUGUUGUCUCUCCUCCCUCAGAGGAUUUUGAGGUUGUUGGAGUUCAUCGGAUUCUCAGGAAACAGGGGGUUUGGUUUGUCUCAGCUGAGAGAGGGAGCCUCCAGUCACAGUUUGCGUUCGAUCCUCUGCGCUCUGACUCUGCUCUUCUACCACACAUAUGUGUCACUGAUACUUGGAACUGGAGAGGGGAACCUGGUGGAGGCUGAAGCUCUGCUGGAGCCGUACCAACACAAAUACCCAAAAGGCUCCAUCAUUCUCUUCUACUCUGCUCGCAUCGCCACGCUGCGAGGAAACUUCGAGAAGGCCCGGGCGAGGUACGAGGAGUGUAUCAGCAGCCAGCAGGAGUGGAAGCAGGUCCACCACCUGUGCUACUGGGAGCUGAUGUGGACUCACUCCUACCAGCAGGAGUGGCAGCAGGCGUACCACUACGCCGACCUGCUGUGCAAAGAGAGCCGCUGGUCUAAGGCUAUCUAUGUGUACCAGAAGGCGGCCAUCCUCAGUAUGAUGUCAGGGGAGGAAGUCAAGAAGACGGGGGAGGACAUCAUGGAGCUCUUUAGGCAGGUGGAGGGGCUGAAACAGCGCCUGGCAGGGAAGUCAAUCCCGACGGAGAAAUUUGCAGUGAGGAAGUCCAGACGCUACAAAGCUGCUAACCCCGUCCCCCUGGUCAUCCCCGCACUGGAGAUGAUGUACGUUUGGAACGGUUUCACCAUCGUCGGGAAGAGAGCCGACGGUACCGAGGCCCUGCUGGUUACCAUAGAGGCGGCUGAGGAGCAGCUUCGCAACGACCCUAACCCGUCAGAGUUUCAUCCAGAUGACAGCUGCCUGGUCCAGAUGUUGAAGGGACUCUGUCUGAAACACCUGGGCAGGUUAUUGCAGGCUGAGCUCUGCUUCACGCAGGUCCUGUCCAGUGAGAGUCGUAUCAGAUAUGAUCACUACUUGAUUCCCUUCACUCUCUAUGAGUUGGGUCUGCUGUAUAAACAACAGGGAGACUUCACCAAGGCUACCACAUACAUCGAAAAUGCCAAGACGAACUACAAGGACUACUCCAUGGAGUCCAGACUGCACUUCAGGAUCCAUGCGGCCCUCAACAGCCUCAAAGGAUCACCUGUUGGCACCCCAUAAUACUCGAAAACAACUCAUACUGCAGCUGGAAACAACAGUGUAUGAAAUAUGAAUCCAGGGAUUUCCCUCACAAUUCAGCUGAUGGAAAUGAACCGCCCCUUUACAAAGAAGCUUAGGUGUCAUCACAUGUCCACCAGGACUCUCUUUUUCUCCAUUACUAGCAACCUUAUAUUUUAUUUUUCCUUAUUUAUUUUUUCAAGUGUAUGGACAGAUGAGAUUAUUUAUUUACUUGCAUCUCUUCUCAAACAGGCUCAGGCUUCCUAUUAAUGUCUGCCAACUAAACAGAUUUUAUCGGUAGAUGCAGAGUCAUGGUUCAACGCCAAAUGUCAAUUUAAUCAACAUACCAAUAGUUAAUAAUGGCUCCUUUACUGUCAGUAAGGAGACUAUAACACAUGAGGAGUUCCACUGUAAGGGCUCGUUCGCUCAGAGACGCUUUGCACAGGAGACAAUUUUGAACUCAAUGGCGACUUUUUGAUAUAAAAGCACAAGGUAAGAAAAGGUUUAAACCUUUGAGAAGACGCAGCGCGGAUCACCUGUCAAACCACAAAGGGGAAACCAAGAAGUGACGAGAGAUCUGAGAAAUCCAGGCAGUAUUCCCGGUCGUCCACCUCUGGCAGUACGCUUAGCGUCUUCUGUCGCCCUGCAGCUCUGUCUGAAAGACCCUAAAAUCAGAUCUUUACUGUUCGAAAAACUGGUAUUUCUACCAAACAAAUCAUGGCCUUAAAGUUAAGUACAUUAUAAUUUUGUAUUAAAGUUACAACUCAUUGCAAGACCUUUGCUCACAAAAACGAUGUAUAUUUUUAGGAUAGAAUCAUAAACACUGAUUCGGAUACGGAGUUGAAACGUGUACUGAUAAAACUGAUGAGUGCGUUCGUGUUAACAGCAGGGAGAGGUGUGUGUUGGAACACACAGUAUCUAUGCUUUAUAUUUUAUUUACUAACUUUUUUUAAUUUCCUAAUAAUGCAUCAUGCCACAUGUGCACAUAGCACACGCAGUCACAGCCUUCUCACCAACCGUGGCUUAUACAAACACACACACACACACACACACACACACACAACAUAACACACUCAUUCCAUGUUUGCACAUACAUUGGGAAAUAUGCCCAGAGACACAAACACACAAACGUCUGUAAACGCACACAUUUAGCAGCAAUAUAAAAUAACUUGUGCUGUUAGUCAAUCAACUUCGCCGUCAUUCUGUCACUCAGUGUGUGUCCAUGUUUAACAGACUGUAGUUUAACUGUAGUUUCAGUUCUUUUAUUUGUCAGAGGCAGAGCAGCUUCUGAGGCAGUAAUUACCUCUUUCAGAGAUGUUUCUAGAGAGUUGAGAGGGAAAAAAGGUUUGCCAGUUGCUUCUUUAAAAAUGUUGGUAAAGCUGUAAAUUUGCAUGUCAAAGUUUAGCAAAGAAGAAAGAAAUGUGGUUCUUUAUUGGCUAAAAGAUAUUUAUUUCUUCCUUCAGAGCAGGUCUGCCUCUGAGAAAUGUUUGCCCGACUAAAACUACACUUGCUCCACGUUUACUCAACCUUCUGUUGACAAAAGACUGAAAAGACCGAAGGCUUUAGAUUAAUCUCAAAGUCGUCGCUCUGUUUCGAGCUGCUAACGUCCUUACUGUUAUAUACAUAUGGCUUUGGCUGUAAACACACAAGCCAAGGGAGAUGGUUCUUCUUUUAAGUAGUAUUAUAUUAUAUAUCGUAGAUUAUGUAGAUCAACAACAUACAUGAAGAGCAGUCCGUUUAGUAUCUGUUUAUGAACUGAUAAAUGAAAAUAAUCUAUGAUCUCCAAACACCACCAUAAAUACAAACAAAACAACAAGGACAUGAGAGCAUAAUAUAUUUCAUGACCUGUUCUCAUCACUAGUUUUAUACUAUUUACUAUUAUGUAUAUGAUAUAUUAACACAAUUAUUAUUUACUGUGUCAAACUAAAAAGGUACACUUGUUUUAUACCAGGUGGGUUUGGGACAUGGAUGGAUGAAAAUGAUUUCAUCCCCAACUAAAGUUUUGUCGAAUGAGGCAGUACAGCUUGGCCCCAAAAACAGUGUGACACUUAAUAUUAAACCCAGUGCAUCAGAUAAAGCAGUAUAUCAGUGAGUUGAGGAGUUCUGUCAUUCCGAACAACAAGAAACAGUAGCGGAGUCGACUUAAUUGCAUCUUUGCUUCCAUUUGAGACAUCGGGCGUGAAGGACACACUUUCCCCGUGAAAGAGUCGUGUCCUACUGAUUAAAUGCGACAGUGGUAAAAAAAUUAACUUCUCCCUAUAAUGAAUGUAUCAACCUAAAGACCAAAUUAUAUGUGUGUCUUGCUGUACGUGUCUUUUGUUUUUUCGUGUGUAUUUUGCGCCUGUUAAGAGUUUGGGCGUAGUUUUGUUCAUGUGUUUGUGUGAUCUGAAACUUUACUUCCGAACAACUUCAUUCGCCAAGUGCAGUAAAUAUUCAGGAGCUUGUUGGUAAAGUCAAUAACAGUUUUACUCAAAAGACCAGAGUCCUCUAUCUAAAAGAGUUGUGGCAAUAAAUACAGUGAAGUCGCAGUAGUGCCCUGAACUAUAGUACGAUGUUCGAUCAACUGCUAAUGCUAGGAAACUGCCAGCAGAGUUUUUGGCUAAUGUUGAUAAUUAAACAAGGUUUUGCUUCUGGAAGAACAAAAUUGAACUCAGUUAAUAUUAUAGAUAAUGCACUAAUUGUUAAAAUGUUCAGUCAGUCAGUUUGCUAUUACAUGAUUGAUUUAACAAAGUGUGGUGUUUUAGCAUCGCACCCCUAGCUUGUUAGCAUGCUGCCUGUUAUAACUUAUUAUAAUAUGCUAAUAUAUGGUAAUGUCCCUAUUAGCAUAGAAUAUUUUAAAAUGUUAGCAUUAUCACUCGAGAUAGUGUACUCUCAUGUGCAUAAUACUUGCCUCUCAUGAAUUAUCAUUACAUUCAAGUCAGAGUCACAGCCGAUCUUUCAAAAACCCAGAAGAUCUUACAGCUUUAAAAAAAAAAGAUGUUUAACCCGUUUCCUUAUCCAAACAAAGGUGAUAGCUGGAAAUCCUUGCUCAUUUUGUACAACACAAUAAAAUAUAAACACAUUAUUGUGUAUGCAAAUAUGAAAUAAAGGAAUAUAACAUUAAUAUUCACAUCAUACAAAUCAGACACAGUAGAGAUUCUUUCAUUUCUGGCUAUCACCUUUGGAUUAAGAGGUUGUUAUGGAACUUACGAAAGUAGAGUCAUAAUUUAAGAAAUGGGUUAAAAAUCUUUUUUAUUGAGCAGUGGAUGAAAUAUUUUUAUCCAGAUAGUAUGAUAGACAGUCUGUAAAAGUGUUGUUAAAUGACCUUCUGGGAUUUGUCUUUCAGCCAGAUGUGACGGAUCCACAUUAAAGUUUUUAUCAAUGUUACUAUAAAGAAUAACAAUUAUGGAUGUUUUUGGUGUCAAGUAAGGUGAUCAACAGCUUGGUGUACUCCUUAAAAAUGAUUUGCAACCUUUCAUUGUCACAACCUUUCUCCAUAGAAGGCUUUGGUUCAUGUAUUAAUGUCAGUGUCUCUGUGUUAAACUGUAAUUAUUAAUAGGGUUUUCUAUAGGAUUUACUUUGCAUGUUAUUCUUCAUUAUGUUUAAUCUUUUUUUCUGAGACAUUAGUGUAUGUGCUUUACGACAGGAAGCGAAAUGACCCAAUAUUACAGGCUUCACCGUUACGGAUGGGGAUCCAUGUGGUGCUAUAACAUGAAAAUAGAAGAAUUGUUCAUUUUGAGUGAUAUGGCAUUUUUCUUUUAUUACUACUGUUUCUACGUUUAUGUGCCUCUUUUUGUGUCAGUUUAUUUCUUAUUUCUUCGGUCUUGUGUUUAUAUUAAAUGAUGAAAUGUUUUAGAUUUAUAAUGACAACAAAAGAAGUAUCACUUGUGGUUAGUUGCCUUGUUGUUCAAGUAGUGCAAUUUACAUAUUUUUAAAGCAAUGAUCCAGGGUUUGAAGAGUUAUAGUUUUGCCACUUAAUGAUGGAUCGCAGUCUAUAACUGUUCCUGUAGUCUGUUUUUGUAUCUUUGGCUUUCCAAAUAGCAAAGAUUUUUUUUUUUUUAAACUUAAUAUUACUUUUUUAUGACUGACACAAACCAGAAGUUCCCACUGUUUCAACAGGAAAUUGUCAAGCUCUACCAAAUGUCAAGUUAGUGUUCUUGACAUUUUUGCCUCUGCACACUAAUGGCAAAACAAGGAUAAAAGUUAUGCUACCAUAGCAACGUUGUUUAGGGGAUGAAAGUCAUUGUCCGGCUUUACAAAGACAGCAUUCCAGUUAAUAUUAUAAAUGUAUAUAAUCUGUACAGUCGAAACAGGAAAUGACCACCAAACAAAUAUUGGUAGAUGUUAUAUCUACGCCAGCUAGGUCUCAGAAAAUGUUGUGAAAUGAGCACAAUGUUUGAAAACUUUUCAGAGGAGGAAGCAUGGAUAGAAUCAAAACUGUCUUAGCGACUAAACUGAAAUUUUCGCAAACCUAAAAAAAAUGGAGCAUUAGCUAGCCCAAACCAAUCUGUUUUGGACACUAAACAAAACCACAAGCUAACCUGAAAAAUGCUGUUUUGGUUGCUAUACCUGCAAUUUCUUUUAGUAGCAAAACCGAAUGAGCUAACCUGAAUCCAAACCAUUUUAGCAGCAAAGCUGAAAUGUUAUUUAAUCUGACACAAACUGAGCUAAAUAGCCAACCAAAUUUGUUAUGCGUCAAACUAAACUAAUAGCUAACCUGAGCCAAACUGUUUUAGCCACUAAACUGAAAUGUUAGCUAGCCAGAAAUUUGUUUUAAUCGCUAAACAGAAGAGCUCACCCAAACUUUAUUAGCCAUGCAACUGAAAUGUUAGUAAACCUGAAACAAACUGUUUUAGACACCAAAGUUAACCGUUAGCCACCCUAAACCCAACUGCUAUGCUAAAUUGAACUUUCAGCUAACAUGAACAAAAGUGUUUAGCUGCUGAAUUAAUAGUUAGCUAAUCUUUUUGAUAAACACAAGAAAACGGUUAGUCUAUUACUGAUAACCGUAAAAUGACAUUACACAAUGUCUUUUCAUAGUUUGUGCUUAUUUAACGUUUCAUGAGAUUUCAAACAUCAGGCUGACUUCUAAAAUAGUGAAAUAGCCUCGAUUUGCGGAAUCACUGAUGUUGGUGGACAUUAUGUGCAUUAUGUAUUAGUUCAUGUAUAUUAUACAUGAUAAAAUGUAUUGUCCAAAAUACUUUGUGUGAAAUGUGUGCAAUACAUUUUGAAAGCCAUAAUUCUUUUGCUAGUUGCCUUUAUACACUCAAGGACACAAUAGCUUCUUUUUCCCUUUGUCCUUCUUAUUGAUACAUAUUUAUGCCAAAAACGCACUGGACGCACUCUUUUAAGUGUAUAUUUGUCUUGACUUGUUGGAUAAUCUUCGAGAAGAUUAAGAAAGAGUGUGCACUACUAAUGCUUCUGGUGCGUUUAUGCGAUAUAUAUCCCAUCUGACCUCUAGCUAGCUUGGCUGCUCUGACGCUGUACACCCAUAUAAUCAUAUAUAAUAAUGUUUGCACAUGACUUGAUCAGCCACAAAGAGUGGUAUGACUCUGACUCAUCAAUCUAUCAGGAAUGUGUACCACAAUGUUCUGAUUUGAUAAUUUGGGAACUCUGUUGUUGUUUAACAGUGUGAUUAAAUGUCUGUCAGAAUUCUGUAUCUUCAUUUAUUUCCAGAACUGGCUUGUAACAACUAAUGCUAACAGAACUUCUUCUUUUUUUUUUUGGAUCCAAGCAGAAACAAGAAUAAAGUCUAAAUGUGUCUCGAGAUUUUUGAUCCUGUCAAAAGUAAAUUUGGCCUCAAUAAAAACAUUGUAUUUGAUUAAUAAUUGUGUCAAGUUCAGUUUGGUUUUGAUUUAUUAACAUUAUAUUAUGGACACAUAUUUAUUGACUUACUGUAAGUCUGAAGUUAUGUUACUCAGCUGAUCUGUCAGCUUGAAGUCUCUAGUGAUCUGUGUUUGUUCCAAACUCAGAACCAAAUAAAUUCAUCUGAGCUUAAAUUCUA